CCGGGCCUGAGGCCGGACCGGGCAGGGGGCGAGGGCGGCGCCCGGGCGCCCGCCGCGUCGGAGGCAGGAUGAGCAUCGAGAUCCCGGCGGGACUGACGGAGCUGCUGCAGGGCUUCACGGUGGAGGUGCUGAGGCACCAGCCCGCCGACCUGCUGGAGUUCGCGCUGCAGCACUUCACGCGCUUGCAGCAGGAGAACCAGCGCAAAGGCGUCGGGCGCUUCAGCUCUGAGGGCAGGACCUGGGGGGACGCGGGCGCCGCCGCUGGGGGCGGCACCCCCAGCAAGGGGGUCAACUUCGCCGAGGAGACCGUGCACUCCGAUUCCGAGAACGGGGAGGAGGAGGAUGAGGAGGCGGCCGCGGACCCUGGGGCGUUCAACGCUCCAGUAAUAAACCGAUUCACAAGGCGUGCCUCGGUAUGUGCAGAAGCUUACAAUCCUGAUGAAGAAGAAGAUGAUGCAGAGUCCAGGAUUAUACAUCCGAAAACUGAUGAUCAAAGAAAUAGACUACAAGAGGCUUGCAAAGACAUCUUGCUGUUUAAGAACCUGGAUCCGGAGCAGAUGUCUCAAGUAUUAGAUGCCAUGUUUGAAAAAUUGGUCAAAGAAGGAGAGCAUGUAAUUGAUCAAGGUGAUGAUGGUGACAACUUCUACGUAAUUGAUAGAGGAACAUUUGAUAUUUAUGUAAAAUGUGACGGUGUUGGAAGAUGUGUUGGUAAUUAUGAUAACCGUGGGAGUUUCGGCGAACUGGCCUUAAUGUACAAUACACCCAGAGCAGCUACAAUCACUGCUACCUCUCCUGGUGCUCUGUGGGGUUUGGACAGGGUAACCUUCAGGAGAAUAAUUGUGAAAAACAAUGCCAAAAAGAGAAAAAUGUAUGAGAGCUUUAUUGAGUCACUGCCAUUUCUUAAAUCAUUGGAGGUUUCUGAACGCCUGAAAGUGGUAGAUGUAAUAGGCACCAAAGUAUACAAUGAUGGAGAACAAAUCAUUGCUCAGGGAGAUUUGGCUGAUUCUUUUUUCAUUGUAGAAUCAGGAGAAGUGAAAAUUACUAUGAAAAGAAAGGGUAAAUCAGAAGCGGAAGAGAAUGGUGCAGUAGAAAUCGCUCGAUGUUCCCGGGGACAGUACUUUGGAGAGCUUGCCUUGGUAACUAACAAGCCUCGAGCAGCUUCUGCACACGCCAUUGGGACUGUCAAAUGUUUAGCCAUGGAUGUGCAAGCAUUUGAAAGGCUUUUGGGACCUUGCAUGGAAAUUAUGAAAAGGAACAUUGCCACCUAUGAAGAACAGUUAGUUGCACUGUUUGGAACAAACAUGGAUAUUGUUGAACCCACUGCAUGAGCAAAAGUAUGGAGCAAGAAGACCUGUAGUGACAAAAUUACACAGUAGUGGUUAGUCCACUGAGAAUGUGUUUGUGUAGAUGCCAAGCAUUUUCUGUGGUUUCAGGUUUUUUCCUUUUUUUAUAUUUACAAUGUAUCAGUAAACUGUAGUGAUUUAAUAGUCAAUAGGCUUUAACAUCACUUUCUAAAGAGUAGUUCAUAAAAAAAAUCAACAUACUAAUAAAAUGGCUUUCUACUCCACAAAAUUAUUUGAUGGGAAGGUUUAUUUAAAUGAUUGUAAUAUAUUAUUGAAAGUACCCAUGUUUAAGAAGGUGAUUAAAGGAUGUUAUAGGCUAUAUGUGUUUGACUUCUUCAGAUUGAUGUCAUGUUAGUGACUACACCCAUGUAAGAGGGAACUUGGCAAUGAAUCAUGCUAUGUAGCAUGGCAUCACAUUCUUUUUAUAACUCAUUAUAUAUAGUAAAAUUUUAAUAAUUUUUGUUUUAAAGUUUUUCUGGCUUGUAAGUUAUGUACUAGACUUGGCCUAUUGGUGAAAUGGUAUGAAACAUCAUAUGCAAUUUUAAAACUUUUUAUAUUUUUGCAAUAAAGUACAUUUUGACUUCUUUGGCAUAAUGUCAGUAAUCUACAUAUUCCAGUGGUUUUAAGGACAGACAAUUUAGUCAUUAUGAUAAUAGGGAAAAGAGUCUUUUUAGAUGAGAGAUCAUUAAAGCAUUUUUUCCUCAUCAAGCAUAGACCUGUGCUUCAUUUUUUCAUUUUCCAUUUCUCUAUAUUCUUUAAAAAUUUUGAUCUUGACAUUUAAUGUCAAAAAGUUUUUAAAAACCUAUUUAAUCUUAAAUCUGACAUUUUUUGUCUUCUAAAAGCCUAAGCUCUUAUAUUUAAAAAAACCCUAUAUCAAAAAUGUUUUGGAAUCCUUAUGAACAUGCCCACAGGAUAUUUGUUUUUCACUAGGUAUACAUAAUACAAUCCUUUGCAGACAUCUACUCCCAUGGGUUUUUGUUCUUCCUUAUAAUGGCAUUAACCGCAAUUUCAUUGUUCAGAAGCCAGUGAGAUUUGUUUUCUGUUUUUGUCUCUUUUUGGUUUUACUUAAAAACUUCCUUUAAUGUGGUAGAAACAAAUUUUUAUAAGCAAAACCAUAUAUAAAGAUAAAAGGAAUUUCUGCCCAUUCUACGUAUACCAUUAGGCCUUGCCAUUUGCUUUAAUAUAGACUCAUAGUUAAAAGUGCAUAAUGAACUUACUUGGUUUUUAGUGAUCAUUGAUAUGCUUAGUAUUCUGCCACAUAGAUGAAUUUAAUUAUAUUCAACCAAAGCAAUAUACUCUUACAUGAUUUCUAGGCCCCAUAACCCAACGUCUAGGGACAUUAUUUCUGACUAGUUGUUUGCUUUUAAAUGAGCAAUUUCAUUUUGGGAAACAUGUUUUAAAAGAAUAUAUCUAUACAUGGGUAAAAUUGUUCUGUGGCUAGUGUGGUCUUGUUAGAGAAUGUUUAUGGUCCCACUUGUAUAUGAAAAUGUGGUUAGAAUGUUAAUUGUAUGAUGUAUAUAUAAGAAGUUAAGUAUGUAAAGUAUAACUUCAGCCACAUUUUAGAACACUUUAGCAUAUUUGCAAAACCUUCUUGUAGGAAAAGAGAGUUCUUUACAGGAAGAUGACUUCUUUUCUAUUUCAAAUUUUAUUUUAAAAGUCAUGUCUGUUAAACAAGGAAAAACACAAAAGAACCCAGAAUUCCUGGUUCAUCAUUACGUAUUCUUUAUUCACUUUUCCAAGUUAUUUGUUGCAUAAGCUGAUUGUUAACUGUUCAUGGAACAGCAGACAAAUGCUUGUUUAAUAAAAAACUCUGACAAAGGCUAUAAAUGCCAGUUACAUUAUUUUCAGUAUUGUUGGUUAUAUUUAAAUUUUCCUUAUAAUAAAGCACACUUUUAUAAUAAAAUAUAUGAAUUAUUGUUUUUAAUACUUUUUUGCUUGUUUUUUUAACAUGACUUGCAUAGUACAUAAUGCAGUGAAAAGCAUGAUAGAGAUGUGGCAUGCAAAAGCUAACCCUCAGAGCAUAAUGCAGCAAAAAGAAAGUAUGGUUCUGUGUGGCAAUAGGUUUUUAAAUUUUUUUUUUAACUCUUGGUCAUAUGCAAGAGAAAUAAUUGUGAUAUGUUGCAUAUUAAUUUGGCCAUUUAAAAUAACAAAUAACUCUGGCUAAUGAGGGAAUUUAUGUGUAAAAUUAUCUAAUUAAAACAGCUCAAGUUUG